AUGUCUGCCCCUUGUACCUUCACAAAGCUUUCAAGCCGCUGGCGGCUGUCUCUCAGACUCCCCACGCACACGAGGAAUUAUGCCGUUCAGGCACCAGGCAGACCGACAUUUGAAGUGUUCAAUCGAACAGUAAAGCAUAUGCAAAAAGAUCGCGCUGCUCGGAAUGUCGAACAAAGUCGUCAGGUGGAUUAUAUCAAAGACGAGGUCGCAAAGAGAUUAUGUGAAAGAUUACUGGAUAUCAAAAGGUCUUUCCCGAAUACUCUCGACCUCGGCGCAAACAGUUGCAACAUCGCUAGAGCUCUAACAGCUCCCAACCCGGACCCCGCGGUCGAAACAUCCCCCCCUCUAUCCGACCGGAUAGGCGCUCUCACAUGCAUCGAUACGUCGCAUGCGCUACUACAUCGUGAUGCAGAAGAUGAGUUUAACAAUCAGAUAUCUAUUCAGCGAGAAGUAAUUCCCGACCUGGAAUCAUUACCUUACGAAGCAAAUACCUUUGAUGCCGUCCUGUCGUCUCUCUCGAUCCAUUGGAUCAAUGACCUCCCGUCUCUGUUGGCGCAAAUCAACAAUAUCCUGAAACCCGAUAGUCCGUUCAUUGCAGCAAUGUUUGGUGGUGAUACGCUCUUUGAACUGCGUUCUUCACUGCAAUUGGCAAACAUGGAGCGCCGUGGCGGUGUGAUUCCGCAUAUCUCACCUCUAGCUGAUGUCAGGGAUGUCGGAGGUCUUUUGACAAAAGCAGGUUUCAAGAUGCUGACUGUGGAUGUCGAAGAUAUUGUCGUUGACUUUCCUGACACUUUCGCAUUGAUGCAGGAUCUGCAGGCUAUGGGUGAGAGUAAUGCAACCGUGCAGAUGGGUACUCUAUCGAAGGAUGUUCUUUUGGCAAAUGAAGCUAUUUACCGAGAGUUACACCAGGAGGAAAUAGACGCUGAGCAUGGCCAAAGCGGUAUCCCGGCUACUUUUAGAAUCAUCUUCAUGAUAGGAUGGAAAGAAGGGGCCGGGCAACCAGAACCUCUGAAGAGAGGUAGCGGGGAGGUCAAUCUUAAAGAUAUUUUGGGUGGAGGUGACUUUGAACCGAAAUAG